AUGAGCUCCACGGCCUCCUCGGCCACCAGAACCGUCCUUGGUGGCGCUGGCGGCGGUCCGGCCUUAUCCAACGGCUCCGGACUGCACUCCUUCGCCAUGGACAGAGAUGGGCCUUCUGCCGGCCGUGGCGCUAGGCCCCCGCUGCCACAUAUAGACGACCUCACCUCUACCGUUCCCAAUAUCGACAUGAACCUCCCCUUGCGCAAGAUCCUCGAGAUGGGCGACAAUGCCAUGCGACAAGCCGAGACCUUCCGCGACUUCGGUCGACCCGACAUGGCCUUCAAGGAGUACAUUAAGGCUUCCUUGAUCGCAGUCAAAUACGUGCCUUUGCACACAGAGUCCGUCUCCCUCAGGGGCGGCCGCGGCGACUUGAAUCGCAUAUAUACCGCUCUGAUGAAGAAGAUCGACUCCCACCAUGGGAACUUUGAAAAGAUCAAGGCCGACAUCAUCGCCGAUAACCGUAGGACCGGCGUCAGGCCCGCUUCGUCGAGGCCGUCUUCCAUCACUAAUGGAGAAGUCACCCGGCCGCAGACGCCCCGGAGCCCGCCAGUAACGAGUCCCACCCGACCCGAGGUCGGUUCUCAAAUGAAUGGGUCGCCGGCAGCCAAGGCAAAGCCCGCUGUCCAACCAAAGCCCGUGUCACUGCAUGGAAACGCUUUACGGUCUGGCACUGGAGGUCCUGUUCUUCCCAAGAGCAAGGCCGCAGAGGACUUGGCCGCCCGCUUCGCCAACCUGCGAGGCCCUGUUGCGUUACCCGGCCAGGAUCCACGCAUACGAACACAUCCCAUUAUGCCUCCCAGACCGGCAGGGCCUAGGGCGAUGCCCGAGUCGCCCGAGAAACCGAGAGUGGGCAUAGUGACCAGGCUGCCGGAUCUGCCCAAGAUGCCAGAUCCCAUCUACAGCCCAGCUAGAGGGACCGUGUCCAAUGAAGCGGCUUCAUUACCAUCAAGUACGCCACGAGGGUUGUUCAGCAGGACCGGCUCUUCCGCUACCAUCAACACCGCUCUUGCUAACAACAGUACCAACAAGUCUUCCGAAUACUUCACUUCCUCUCACUCAGCCUCCAAUGCCGCGGCUAUCGCUUCCAGAGCCCUCAGUAUUACGAUACCCGAAGGCGACUCUAUUACGGCUGAAGAUCUGCUGAAUUACAUAAAAAGGGGCUCGGCGGCCCUGCAAGUCUUGAUCAUUGACGUCCGAAGCCGGGAUGACUUCGACGAGGGCCACAUCCUAUCACAGGCCGUCAUCUGCAUUGAGCCCAGCAUUCUGCUGCGUGAGAACAUUACGUCGGAACAAAUAGCCGAGAGCAUGGUUCUCUCGCCUCCCCAGGAGCACCACCACUUCGAAAUGAGGGACGCCUUCGACCUCGUGGUUUUUCAUGACCAGGACUCAGACUCCAUCCCCAGGUACAUUUCACCUGACAUGGAUGCUGCCGCAUUGCUAUCUUUGCAACGCGCCCUGACAUACUUCAACUACGGAAAAGAGCUCAAGAACCCUCCCAAGCUGCUUCAGGGUGGUUUGGAUGCUUGGACUGAUUUGAUGGGUAGGGGCGCCCUCGCGACCUCGCAGACCGCAGGCACCGCGCGAGCGCCUAUGGCUCGUUCAUCUUUGAGGCCAACCAUCUCAAUCUCUAAGCCGACCAGGAAAUACAAGGUCACACCGCUGAGGCCCGAAGAAGUCAAGCUCUGGGAGGAGACACUGCAGAAUGCCGAGCUCGAGACUGCACGGUCACCCGGCUUCAUGCACGUGCGCAGUACGGAGGAGUUCCUACGCAGGUUCCCUGCGGUAUCGACCGAACAAGAAUCCAUGCAGUCACCUAUCAGCUCGGAGCAGCCGACUUACGGCUAUCCUCAAAACCAGGUUGACCUCUACUCGGACCUGCCGUCACCACCUACUCGGCCUGCCCCGGCUGUCCCGCGUACAAGUUACAGCGGCCUGUCACAGACCCAGGAUGACCAUGAGGAACCUGGUGCUAUUGCCUUCUCUGCACAGUCGCGGAACGCGAAGCAGGGCCCCUUGGCCCGGCCAGAUUCCCCUUCAGUCACAAACGUUGGCAAGGACGGUCUGCGGAUCACAGGCCUAAACAACCCAGGCGUAUGGUGCUAUGCGAACAGCUCUAUACAAGCUCUUCGAAUGUCACCCGGGUUCGGAAAGGACAUGGCCACGUUUGAGUGGCAAAACAUGUACAAGGUGCCAAAAAAGGCCGACGAGAAGAACGACCAUCCUCAGUUGAUGUCACGAAUCUUGUCCAACUUGUUCCAUUGGUUGGACUCUGGCAAGUUUGACGUCAUGAAGGCGCAGACACUCAUGGACUACUCUCGAUCAGUAUGUGAGAAGAGCCGGCACAAGGAUAGGGGCGAUGAGUUUGGUGGCGGUCGCCAACAAGAUGCUCAUGAGUUCAUCUCAUGGCUCAUGGCAUAUCUCCACGACGAAACGAACGUACGACGCGACCGCAGCAGCCCUGAAACACCUGCGCCGUCAAUGAGUGGCAAGUCGAUGCUUCAGGGCGCUUACGAAUGGUGGGCGCAAUAUCAAAAGAAGAACGCGUCCAUCGUCGAUAAAUACUGGCGUGGCAUAGAACUUUCGACUGUCGUAUGUGCACAGUGCAAGAACCGCACAUACACCUGGGACACGUUUGACUUCCUGUCGAUACCUGUCAACCGGGAGACGCGUACACUCGAGGACUGCCUCAGAGCCCACCUCGAGCCUGAAAAUAUCUCCGACUACCAAUGCGACAGUUGCAACACGAAGGGGCUCGGCAGGAAACAGGCUAGGCUGGCGCGAAUGCCAGAACUCUUUUGUCUAUGCUUGAAGCGGUUCACGGUUGAUAACUACGGAACAGUGAAAAAGGAUCUGAGCAGGGUCACCUGGGACUUCAACAGCUUCAACGUCGACCAGUUCUUCAUCCCAGUAGAAGAGCGUACCGCGGGACCUGCACCGGACGACAAGUUUGAACUUCCAUUUGACUACGAGUGUUACGCAGUCAUUAUCCACUCGGGCCCGAACAUCAAUUCCGGCCACUACUACACUUAUGCCCGAGACACACACAACCCUGACCCCACCGCUUGGUACAAGAUCAACGACUCCCAGGUGACCAGCAUCAGGAUCGACGGAACGGGGCGGUCCAACGAUUACAGUGAAAAGGUCUUCAAGAAUAGCGGCGAGGUCCCGUACAUGGUUUUCUUCCGCCGAAAGGGUAGCCAAUCGGCGAGGUGA